AUGGUGAAAGAAAUGAAGGUCGAGAUCAUUUCAAGAAAAACAAUUAGGCCAUCCUCCCCAACUCCUCAUCAUCACAAAAACUUCAAGCUCUCUCUUUUGGACCAAAGACAUAGUCCUAAUUUGUAUGGCAAUAUGAUCUUCUUCUACUCGUCUACCAGCAACUAUGAUCAUACUUAUGGCGACUUCAAUCCCCAUGCAUUGAAAAUGUCAAGCCACCUUCAGAAGUCGUUGUCCAAAACCUUGGUUCAUUUCUAUCCACUUGCCGGGCGGCUCAAAGACGCUGCUACCAUUGAGUGCAAUGACCAAGGGGUUUAUUUUGUAGAAGCUCGAAUGGAUUGCCACCUCUUGAAUUUUCUCUCCCAACCUGAUUCCACCUUAUUCCAGCACUUUAUUCCCACCUCCAGUGCUGAAAAGGAAGACGUUAUUGUUCUGCUUGUUCAACUCACUGUCUUUAACUGUGGAGGAAUUGCUAUUGCAGUCUCUCUUUUACACAAGAUCGCGGACGCUUCAUCCUUGUGCACUUUUGUCCAAAGUUGGACGGCAGCCAGUACUGCUCUUGAUCAAUCAGAAUUCAUUGGUCAUGACCAGAGAUUAGGUCAAGUGCUUCCUUUGUUUAUUGGAUCGUCGUUGCUGCCGCCUUCAGAGAUGUUGAUCACACGCACCUUGGACAUCCCAGACCCACAUCAAAAUUUCACCACUAGGCGUUUUGUGUUCAGCACCUCAAAGAUGGCCAGUCUCAAGGCAAAAGCAGCUAUUACUACUAACAACCCUACAAAUGUGGAACUAGUAUCUGCAGUUGUGGUCAAAUGUGCUAUUGCUGCUGCACAGUCCAUAUCAACAUCGUCAUCAAGGCCAUCGGUGUUGUUCCACGCCAUGAACUUGCGCAAAAGAAUGGUCUCUCCACUGCCGGUCAAUACUGUAGGUAAUCUCGUUUGGGCGUUUCCAGUGCUUAUUGAAGAAAGUGAUAUAAAAUUACAUGAGGUUGUUGUCAAGUUGAGGAAAGGCUUAACGGACUUUUGCAACGACAAGGCUAAUAGGUUUAAAGGCGAAGAUGGUUUUGCCGUGGUUUCCGAAUAUCAUACAAAGGAGGUUGAAUUCAUCUCAAGGGGAGUUAAUAUUUUUCGUUGUACAAGUUUGUGCAAAUUUCCAAUAUAUGAUAUGGAUUUUGGGUGGGGGAAACCCACUUGGGUUGCUACUUCUAUGGGCUUUAAAAACUUUAUAGUUUUGAUUGAUAGUAAACUUGGUGAAAAUAUUGAAGCGUGGGUAACACUGGCAGAACAAGAGAUGGCUAUCUUUCAAAGGGAUGAGAUGCUUCUUUCAUUUGCUUCCUUAAACCCCAGUGCAGCUGUCCAUGAAAGCCGUAUGUGA